AGUUUCAUCUUUUUCAUAGCAAAUGUAGACGCGUUCGUUUUUGUUCGUUAAUGUAACAACUACAACAUUGAUAACAUGACGUGUCCUUGUGGCUAUAACCUGGUUGUCUAGAAAAUCUUGAUACACAAGGCCAGAUGAUGGACUCCAGGUCUCCUUGGAGACUUUCCAUCAUACCUGAACUACUCUGGGGGAUUGUCAACUUUGUGGUUCUGUUUUUCCAGACCCUAAUACAGCCAAGUAAGACCAGGUAUGGGGACAGCCACACAUCAGAUUAUAGAACACCUGGAGGACCCAGAGGGCCCCCACCACCACCAAGAAGGCGAAUGGGUGGAUUCAGAGGAGGACCAGGUGGCCCUGCUCCUCCUCCCAUGGGCGGAGGAUGAGGUCGGUAGAUGCCCAGUUAAAAUGUGUCACUGGACUCCACCCUAUUAAGGCUAGUUGUUCAGUGAUCCAAGUCUUAGACUGGGCAAAUCCCCCAUGACCAUCUAACACAGUGUAGCUUUAUCAAUGGAAACCAAUGUGCUGGAGAAUUUUGGAGUUUCAAAAGCUUGUGAUGAGUUCCAAUGUUCAGGGAACACUGUGUCAGCACUGGUCAUUGACAGACGUGGAUGCCGAUUACUGUCACAGGACAGCAAAUGAUGUGUCUUCUAGAAGCUCACACUGUGAGAUGGAAGAUGCGGAUGUAUUGGUCUAAACGUCUCAACAGUUGUCAUCAUUCACUUCAUAUAUUAGUUUAACCAGCAAUCCAGUUUUCUUACAUCGGAAUGAAAGGUUGCAAAAAAAAACAACAACAAAGAAUUAAGUGAUGGAUUGUUGCAAUGGUAUCUAUCAAGCACCUGACAGCCUUCUCAACUAUGUCACUUACAACUGUAAAUUCGCUAACACAGUAGGAAGCUUACUUGUAUCAGCUAUUCUUUUAACAACACUUUGUCUUUAACUUUUGUAUUAUGGCUGUGGAUGAUAUAAUUUAUUCUCAUUUUUCACCGUGUCAAAUUCUUGUAUACAUCAGUCCAUAAAAAAGAAAUCAUGCCGUGUUAGUUUGUAUGUGUAAAAAAGAAAUCCCAUACUGCUGUACAUAUAUAAAUAAAAAAUGAAUAAAAUACUA